CAAAAUUUUCCUCAGCUCCUUUAGUUUGCAUGCAUAUAUAUAUAUAUAUCCUUCACAGAUCGAGCACAUGGUAUCAAUGGAAAGGUGUUUGGUUUUGGUUGUUGUAUUGGUAUCCCUUUGCAUGACAAAAUCAAAUAGCUCAGCUGAUGAUGAUGAGGCUGCUUUAUUGGCCUUCAAAACAGCAAUUAUAUCCGAUCCCUUUGGCAUCUUGGCCAAUAACUGGUCUCAUCACACUCCAUAUUGUGAUUGGAUUGGUGUUACUUGUAGCGGUUUGCACCAAAGAGUGACUCAAUUGAAUCUCUUCAAUAUGGGUCUCAACGGCACCAUUCCUGAGGAGAUUGGUGGCCUCUCAUUCCUUGCAACUUUCAACAUCAGCGCUAAUAGUUUCCAUGGCCAUAUCCCAGAAAGCAUUGGAUUCUUGACCAAACUCAAUAGUUUGGAUUUUUCCAGCAACAAUCUCACUGGAAAUAUUCCUGCAACUAUGUACAAUGUUUCUUCCUUGCAAGUUGUAGACUUGAGAAAAAAUCUUCUUUCAGGGACGCUCCCAGAGGGAAUUUGUGAUAACUUCAGGCAACUACAAGGCCUGUAUCUUUCAGCAAAUCGAUUGAGUGGUGAGAAUCCAUCAAGUCUACCCAAAUGUAUGGACCUUAGAGCUUUGGAUUUAGGAUACAAUGAAUUUCAUGGAAGCAUACCACCUGAAAUUGGCAACUUUUUCAAGCUCGAGUGGUUAAAGCUAUAUGGCAACAACUUGACAGGAGAUUUGCCUUGGACAAUUUUCAAUAUUUCAUCUUUAGUAGUACUCGACAUUUCGAUGAAUGAAAUCUCUGGAAUCCUUCCAAACGACCUCUGUUAUCAAUUUCCGGAAUUGGAGUAUCUGGAUAUUUCCAAAAACCAAAUUCAUGGAGAAAUCCCUCAAGCUCUAUCGAGUUGCUGGAGACUUCAAGUGCUUUCCAUGUCUAAGAAUCAACUCUCCGGAAGAUUUCCUACUCAAAUCUGCAACAUAUCAUCUCUUCAGGAGCUUUAUCUUUCGAGAAUGAACUUGUCAGGGAACUUGCCAAAGGAGAUUGGGAAAUUGUCAAUCCUUCGAGAGUUUACAGUUUCUGUAAACCACUUGACUGGUACAAUACCCCCUUCUAUUGGCAAUAUAUCGACUUUGGAGGAUUUUAUUGUUUCUGAAAACAAUUUGGGUGGUAAUAUUCCUCUGGAGCUAGGAAAGCUAUCAAGUCUUAAAGGAUUGGUACUUAGUUCAAAUAAUUUUAGUGGUGAAGUACCAUCCUCCAUUUUCAACAUCUCUGGAUUAGAAUCGAUUGAGAUGUCAUUAAAUAAACUUUCUGGCAAUCUUCAACCAGGCCUAAGACAUUGGAUUUCACCAAGUCUUGAAGCACUCCUUCUCCACGGCAACCAAUUCAGUGGAACCAUUCCUAGCACUAUAUCAAAUGCUUCACAACUCAUAAUUCUUGAUAUUGGGCAUAACAUGUUCAGUGGCCAUGUACCUCUGGGGGUUGAAAAUUUACACCAACUUCAAGUUUUUGCCAUAGAGCACAACCAUAUCACAAAUGAUCCAUCGGCCAAUGAACUGAGCCUACUCACUUCAUUGUCGAAAUGCAAGAAUUUGACAAUGGUUAUUAUGGGAGGCAACCCAUUCAACACAGUUCUUCCCAACUCAUUAGAUGUUGGGAAUAUGUCUUCGUCGUUGAAAAUCUUGUCUGUGUCUAAUAGUCACUUAAAAGGCAGCAUUCCUAGUCGAUUCAGCAACUUUAGCAACUUGAUUUAUUUUGAGUUGGCCGAAAACAACCUCUCAGGUUCGCUUCCUGGAACAUUGGGAAAUUUGCUGAGGUUACAGGGUUUACACCUACAAAAUAAUAAAAUUGAGGGAUCAAUACCAAACACCUUAUGUUAUCUGAAGGAUUUAUCUCAAUUGUAUCUCAGAGACAAUAAGCUUUCAGGGAGCAUACCAAGUUGUUUUGGGAAUAUAUCUUCUUUGAGAAAAAUAUAUUUAGGUUACAAUUUAUUGACAUCUACUGUACCGAUUGGCUUUUGGAAUAACAAGGAUGUCUUGGUGCUGGAACUGUCAUCCAAUUUUCUUGGUGGUUCCUUGUCUCCUGAAAUUGGAAGUAUGCACAACAUGAUAAAGUUAUAUCUGUCAUGUAACCAAUUUUCUGGAGAAAUUCCUAACACCAUUGGGAAACUUCAGAAUUUGCUUAUUCUUACUCUAUCAUCAAAUAGGCUUCAUGGUCCUAUCCCUCAGUCAUUUGGUAGUUUGAUAAGCUUGCAAGCAUUAUAUUUAUAUAAUAACAGCCUCUCAGGUGGAAUUCCAAAGUCGAUGGAGAAGCUCAAAGAUUUAGUGCAUCUGAACCUGUCUUUCAAUGAUCUGAGUGGUGAAAUUCCAAAUGGUGGACCUUUUGAAAAUUUUAGCAUGGAAUCAUUCAUGGGUAACAUGGAACUAUGUGGAGCUUCUCGAUUCCAUGUCAUGGAAUGCAAAGAAGGAAAAGGAAAGCCGAGAAGCAUUGCAAUAUUUCUCAAGUAUGUUUUGCCAUCUUUUGUGUCUGUGGUUGUUGUUGCUGUUCUAUUGGUUUGGUUGCUUACGUUCUGGAAGAGAAACAAACAAAGGGAUCCUCGGGCUGAAGAUUCACAUGAUGUUGCACUCAAGAGGAUUUCAUGCUAUGAAAUUCUUCGUGCUACAGAAGACUUUGAUGAGAGCAACUUGAUAGGCAAGGGGAGUUUUAGCUCAGUGUUCAAGGGGACUUUUGCUGCUGGGCUGGUUGCUGCUAUAAAGGUCUUCAAUUUGGAUGUCACUAACAGGUAA